AGAGUCAACUAGCAGAUAUUUGCAGCAGAAGGAUUAUGAGAGCAGCAGACACCUCCACAUCAAGGUUAGAGAAAAUGCCAGGAAUGUUCUUUUCCUCUGCUAAUCCAAAAGAAUUGAAAGGAGCUGGUCAUUUACUUCUAGAUGACAAAACUCAGAAAAAGAGACCAAAGACUUUUGGAAUGGAUGUGAAAGCAUACCUGAGAUCUAUGAUCCCACAUCUGGAAUCUGGAAUGAAAUCUUCCAAAUCUAAGGAUAUACUUUCUGCUGAUGAAGUAAUGCAGUGGUCUCAAUCUCUUAAAAAACUUCUUGCCAACCAAACUGGUCAAGACGUCUUUGGAAAUUUCCUAAAAUCUGAGUUCAGUGAGGAGAAUAUUGAAUUCUGGCUGGCUUGUGAAGACUAUAAAAAAACAGAGUCUGAUCUUUUGCAUUGCAAAGCUGAGAAAAUAUAUAGAGCAUUUGUGCAUGCAGAUGCUGCUAAACAAGUCAAUAUUGACUUUCGCACUCGAGAAUCUACAGCCAAGAAAAUUAAAGCACCAACUCCCACGUGUUUUGACGAAGCUCAGAAAAUCAUAUAUACUCUUAUGGAAAAGGACUCCUAUCCCAGGUUCCUCAAAUCAAAUAUUUACUUAAAUCUUCUAAAUGACCUUCAGGCUAAUAGCCUUAAGUGACUUGCUUCUGGUUGGGGGGAGUUAAAAAUGGUAUCAAGUGCAGAAGGAAUGUGACAAUAUCGCCCCCUGGGUGAACAACUUUGUCUUUUGAGGUGGCUCACUUGACAUGCCCAAGGGAAAAACACAAGUGAAUGAGAAUGGAUUAACAUGCAAGAUCCAGGCACAGGGUUGAAGAAGCAUAAGCAAGAUGAAAAUUGAGAGACUGUAGGAGGAAGGAGAUACUGUGGUAUUGUCUUAAGAUACAGUGGACCUAUGUAGUAGAAAAUCUCUCAGAACUGAGAAGGCCAGGUAACUGCAGUUACGCAGCAACUGUGAAUAAAGGUUAUGAAGCCAAUUAAAAUGUGCUAUAAGCUUCAAGGUCAAUAGACAUUUAUGCUAUAUAUUAUUAUAUACAGAUUGUGUACGGAGCUGCUGAAAUCUCAUUAACUUGGAUAACCAUCUAAAAAUACAUGUUUCAAAAUCAACUGUAGCUAUUAUUGACACAGAGUGUUUUGGUGGUAUUUGUUGAUUGUUUGUUUGAUUGUUUUUGGCUUGCAAGAGGUGAAGGAGAAAAUAAUGUAUUUAACUUAAGCUAUUACUCUUAGAACUGGGAAGUCAGAAUAUAUUUGUUAAUUAAAUUAUCACAGUGUCAAUAAUAUAUGUGUGUUUUGUAUUAAAAAUAUAUGGAAGAAA